AUGGCACCGCCAAUGCACCCUGGCAUGCCCACCCACUCCUGGCAAAGCGUCAGUGAAGGGCCAGAGGCCAAACCUCGGGUGCGAGGAGGAAAGAAGGACCUGGACGCUGGGGAUGAUGGGGUUGGAGGCUCCCUCCUGGCAGCUAUCACUCAGGCGGUCACCUGUCAGGCGGGCGGGGGCUUGGGCCGGGAGGGGCCGGGAGGGGAGGGCUUCCCCCUCGGGGCCCUUCCGGCUGCAGAGGCUCCGCCGCGGGCGGGCGGGCGGGCGGGCAGAGAGCGGGGCGCGCAGCCCCCGAGGCCAGCCGGGCGGAGGCCAUCUUGGGGGGCGGAGGCUCCGGGCCUCGCUCCGCCCGCCCGCCCGCCCGUCCUCCGCGGCGCCUUCCUGCUGGGCGGGCGGCGGGCGGCAGUCAGCCGGAGAGGCCAGCGGAGCCCGGGCGGAGCGCUCCCGUCUUGCGAGCUGAGCUGCCGGAUCGGGCCGGGCGAUGGCGGUGCGGCUGGUGCUGGCGGUGGCGCUGGCGGUGGCGGCGGCGGGGCUGGCGGGGCCCGGGAGAGCCGGGCGGCCCUGGAGAGCCUGCUGCCCGCGGCCGGAGCGCGCUUCGGCUGGACGAACCUCAGCUGCCCCGCCUGCAGGCUGCUCUUCACCGCCCUGGACGCCAGCAUGCAGCUGGAGACCAGUGUGGAGCACAUCCAGCAGCUGGCGGUCAAGGUCUGCAGGACGCUGAAGCUGGCGCCCCCUGAGAUCUGUCAGCAGAUCAUCCACCUCUUUGGACAAGACCUGAUGACCGCCUGGGUCCGCUCCGUCCUGCGCCCGGCUGAGAUCUGCGGCCUGCUGGUGGGCGCCCGGUGCGGCCACUGGGACAUCUACUCCAACUGGAACAUCACCCUGCCCAAGACCCCCAAGCCUCCUGUGCGGCCCCCAGUGCCCCCUCCACCCGGCGCCCCGGCCCGCCUGCUUUUCCUGACGGACCUGCACUGGGACCGGCAGUACACCCCGGGCAGUGACCCCGACUGCAGAGACCCCCUCUGCUGCCGGGGGGGGGAGCCGCGGGGCUCCGGGGCCGGCUACUGGGGCUCCUACAGCAAAUGCGACCUGCCCCUCCACACCCUGGAGAACCUGCUGCAGCACUUGGCCUCCACGGGGCCCUUCGAUGCCGCUUACUGGACGGGCGACAUCCCGGCUCACAACGUCUGGCAGCAGACGCGCCAGGACCAGCUGCACGCCCUCACCACCGUCACCAGCCUCAUCCAGAAGUACCUGGGGCCGCUGCCCGUCUACCCGGCGGUGGGCAACCACGAGACGGUGCCCGCCAAUGCCUUCCCCCCGCCCUACAUGCCUGGAAACCAGUCCUCCGCCUGGCUGUACGAUGCCAUGGCCGAUGCCUGGCAGCAGUGGCUGCCCCCCGAAGCCCUGCAGACCCUGAGGUUGGGGGGCUUCUAUACCCUCCCCAUCUGGCGGGGCCUCCGCCUGGUUUCCCUCAACAUGAACUUCUGCUCCGAGGCCAACUUCUGGCUCCUGAUCAACUCCACCGACCGCGGGCAGCUCCAGUGGCUGGUGGGCGUCCUGCAGAGGGCGGAGGAGAGUGGGGAGAAGGUCCACAUCAUUGGCCACAUCCCUCCCUCCCAUUGCCUGCGGAGCUGGGGCUGGAAUUACUACCACAUCAUCAACAGGUUUGAGGGCACUGUAGCCGGGCAGUCUUUGGCACACCUGGACGGCUUUGAGAUGUUCUACGACGAGGAGACCGUCCGUCCGGUGGGCAUCGCCUUCCUGGCUCCCAGCGUUACUACCUACAUCAGCCUCAACCCAGGGUACCGGAUCUACCACGUGGACGGGAUCCGCUCUGGCAGCUCCCACAUGGUCCUUGACCACGAGACCUUCAUCCUGAACCUGACGCAGGCGAACCAGCCCGGGGCCGGGGCUCGGUGGCAGCGCCUCUACGGGGCUCGGGAGACUUACGGGCUGCGGGCCUUCCCGCAGGACUGGAACCAGCUCCUCGACCGCCUGCAGGCCGACGAGCGGCUCUUCCAGCACUUCUGGUACCUGCGGUUCAAGGGCCACCCGCCCGCCCAGCCCUGCGGGGACGCCUGCAAGAAGGCCACGCUCUGCGCGCUCCGCACCGGCCGGGCAGCCGAUCCCAAACUCUGCCAGACCCUCAAGCUGCCCUUCCCGGAAAUCCAGGCCUGGUGGCGGCAACAGCGGUUCUGCUAGCAGGGGCCAAGCCGAGGCCCCGGAGUGGCCCUGCUCUCUGGCAGGCUCUGUGGGCAUGGGCCCCUUCGCUCCGGCGCUCCCUUGGGCUCGAGUUCCAGAGAAGCCCCACAGCCCUCCACACCGCACCCCCCAGAUGCGGAGAAGGCCCAAGACUCUGAGAGAUGGGGGGGGGCAGGCUGCCCUGUGCCUCUGCUGCUGCCCCCCAUUGCUUGGCAGCUUCUCCUCCUCCGCCCCUGCUCCACCACACCACCCUUGGGGGCAUGGAAAGCAGGCCUGCAAGACAUGCCCCCCCUGCUGCCCCCAUGUAUGAAGUGCCAUCCGCAGAGGAGGAGCAGAGGCCGGACGGCUGGGGGCCCCCUUGCCAGGGCUCCUCUGCAGGGCUGCUCUGGCGCCAGGCAAAAGCGGGCAGGGUCCCUUCUCAGACUCUUCGGCCCAUCCUCUGCCAGCAUGGGAGGGGGCGCCCCUUCUCUUCAGUUCCUCCUUCCCCCAGCAAUAAAUGGCUUCCUCCACUGGUA